CUACUAUUGGGGGUUUCCCCCUCUCACGGUUCACUUGAAAAAUCGAUUAAAUAAUGUGAAAAUUAACAGGUUACCCACAUAAUUAUUAUGUUUCUAGUUUUGCUCCUGAUCUAAAUUAUAAGUGUUAUACCGGAGGUACACAGACAUAUGCGGACUGUAUUUGGCUCACGAGAUUCAAUCUCAAGAAAAUUUGUGGUGAAGAUCCGAAAUUCUCGAUUAUUAUCUGCAGCGGGUCUGCACUCUGAAAUGGAACAGAUACUGAAAAUACCGAGAUCAACAAAAUUAGAAAAUAGGGAAAUCGCGAAGAUGGAGAAAGACAGUUGAGUCGACGUGAUAGCUCGACGAAACAACAAUUAAGGAGCCUUGAACGAUGGGUCGAGGCCAUAAAAGAGUGAAGAAAAAAAGCAAGUAAUUAAGUGAGAAGUGUCUGGGAUCUGGGGGUGCCUCGAUGGCGCUAGUGCCGUACACGGCCGGCCCGAGUGGCAGCGGGGGCGCGGAGGCCUCUGGGCGACGCCCGUCGUUCCUGGACAUGGAGUUCCCGCGGCUUCUGCGGGGGUCUUUGAGCCGACUCAUCUGGUCUUCCGGGCUCCAGAAAUCCCUGAGCUCCUUCUCGAGUCUCUUCUCUCCGCCGCCCGGCUACCGUUGCCGAGUCUGCCGCGCCGUCUUCCACGACCUCUUCUCCUUCGAGAGCCACCUCAUCUACGCCCACGCCGACGAGCCCGCCUACCUCUGCAAACUCUGCGGCGACACCUUUGCCGUCAAGCGAGACCUCGCCGUCCAUCUCCUACGGGAUCACGUCGACGCUAAUAGCUACGAGUGCUCGGUGUGCGACGACUCGUUCCACUCGGGGCGCUCGCUCCGGCGGCACAUGGCCCGGCACUCGCGGUCGGGGAGCAAGUCGUACGGGUGCGCCCUCUGCGACGCCAUGUUCCCGGACCGGCGGAGCCUCCGCAAGCACAUGCGGGAGCACCAGUCGGCCGGCCUCGCCCCGGUCGGGUUCUUCACCACCAAACGCACCUACAAGUGCGACAUCUGUCGGGCCAAGUUCGGGGGCAACGCCGCCCUCCAAGCCCACAUCCUCACGCACCUCCUCCGCGAGCCGCUCAAAUGCCACGUCUGUGAUAGCUACUUCCGUCAUCGCGAGAACUACGAACGGCACAUGACCUCUCACUCUCACGAUCAGAUGCUGAAAUGCAGCAAGUGCGACUCGUUCUUCAGCGGGGAGCGGGAGCUGAAGUCUCACUCGACGUGCCACGCGGGAGACGAGGGAUCCGAGUGUUUCCAGUGCGGAGUCUGUUCCUCCUCCUUCGAGGAUCGCGAUCGCCUCGAAACUCACAUGUCAGUUCACUCCGCGCCCAAAUCCCACGAGUGCCCCGAGUGUCAGGAAUCCUUCCAUCGCCUGGAGGAUCUCAAGAACCACAUGCUCAACCACGCCCGACCGGACGAGAACCGCACGCUCAACCGAUCCACACAGGACAAGAAUCACACGCCAGACCACUCGGUGCCAGACGUGACCUUUGAGUGCAGCCGUUGCGACGCUACCUUCAAGAAACGCUCCAGUCUCCGCACCCACAUUAUCAUUUGCCAUGCCAAACGUUUGCUUUAAGCUCAAUGCAUGGACAGCGAUCUUCCUCCUGACUUUUCUUCCCUUUGAUUUUGUCUUCGGCACUCCUGAGUACCUGGAUACUCUACUAGACGUUUGGAUGCCACACAAAGAAAGAGAAAGAUGGCGCACGUACAAUGGCACCGCCAUCGCGCGGAUUCAGCCCUCCUGCAUGACGCAAAUUGACUCUUAUUUGGAGGCCC